GUAAUAGUGUCUGACCAGCUGUGGGGAAAGAUAAAGCAGAGAAGUGGAGAGGUGGGAUACAGUGCACGGGUCCUCAGAUGCUCAGGUGGAAACUUUUUUUGGCAUCAGCACUGACACCUCCUUCACUGACACCACCGCAUCAGCUCCUGGACAGCCCGACAGCCCGACAGCUGGUCUGUCUGACAACAGAGACAGAGUUCCAGCAAUGUUGAAGCUACGUGUUCUGAGAGUGAGGAAUGCCCUGGUGCGAGAGUGCAUGGCUGAGUUCUUGGGAACUUUUGUCUUGCUGCUCUUUGGCUGCUCUGCUGCAGCGCAGGUGAAGACAAGCAGAGAGACUAAAGGCCAGUUCCUGUCAGUCAACAUGGCCUUCUCUGUGGGCGUAAUGUCAGCUAUGUACCUCACCAAGGGCAUCACAGGUGCUCACCUGAACCCAGCGGUGACUCUGAGUUUCUGUGUGCUGGGCCAGGUGCCCUGGGGAAGGCUGGUGCCCUACUGCCUCUCCCAGCUGCUGGGGGCUUACAUGGCAUCAGGGCUUGUCUACCUGGUCUACUAUGAUGCUAUAAUGGAGUUUAGUGGAGGAGUGUUGACUGUAUAUGGCUCAAAUGAGACAGCGUCUAUAUUUGCCACAUAUCCCUCAGAGUACAUGACUUUGGGUAGAAGUUUCCUUGACCAGGUAGUGGGCACCGGCAUGCUGAUGUUGUGCAUCCUGUGUUUGGGUGAAAAGAGGAAUACCCCGGCUCCCUCUGAGCUGAUUCCUGCUAUAGUGGCAGUGAUUGUCCUGGGGAUCUCCAUGUCAAUGUCAGCUAACUGUGGUGCCGCAAUAAAUCCUGCUCGGGACCUGGGGCCACGCCUCUUCACACUGACUGCAGGCUGGGGCACUGAGGUCUUCACGUGUUACAACUACUGGUUCUGGGUCCCGCUGGUGGCCCCACUUAUUGGAGGUGUUAUAGGUACUUUCAUGUAUUUGAUCUUCAUCCACUGGCACUUGCCUGACCCAGACUCCCCUGAGACGCUUUCCACUCUCUCCAUCAUCAGUGACAAAAUCAAGCUGCCCAGCACCAUGUGGGACAAUGGAGAGUUAAAGGCUGCACAUUUCUAAGUUUUACUGUAACAUCAAACAUACUUACAUUGUGGCACUCAAUUUAAAAAAAAAAUCCAAUUUUAUAAAGACAUUUCCAAGAACUUCA